AUGGGUACAGUGGCUGUAGGCUCGAACUCCAUGGUGGUUCCAGUGGACACCUACUACGGCCAGUAUUCCCAUUUCGUCGUCUACACGCGCUCCACAGCCUACGAGCAGACGACUCCUUUAGGCACCCGCCUCCAGAUUUACGACCACGAUGCCCUGGUCUCCGGCUUGAGCUUCAGCUGCCUGACUACACGCGCGCUUCACGGGGCAGAUAUGGCCCUGGCAGAUUCUUGGGUGUUCCAGAGUGCAGGGGAGCAGUGCGACAUUGACCUGGAUGCCAACCUGAUUGGAGGCACGCUGCAGUGGAAUCUGGCCGCCGACACCUCUGCAGUCUUGCAGUACAACAUCUACUUCACGUUCACGGCCGACACCUUUGACCCGGCCUUUACGAGGGAACUCAUGGUCUCGGGGCUCACGGCGACGACCAGCCAGCAGCACGUGCCUGCUGGCACGUGCCUCGCCAGACCGGACGCAGUGAGUGUCUUCUACAACGGCACGGACAUCACCAGCUACGUGAAUGGCACGCUUGGCGCAGCUCGGGCCAAGCGGGCUGAAUGGUCGAGCACCAAGAAGCUGUCCUUCCGCAAGGCUUCGUUCCUUCCGAACGUGCUGGUCAUGAUCAGUUGCAGGUUCUCUAUGUGCCAGGUGCCUGGGGCGUACCUGGUGGUCACUGCCGAAAGCCUCGUGACCCCAGGCCUGGACUACUGCUCCGUGGCUGGCUUCAGCAUCACCUGCACGGACGGUACCACUGCGGCCAGCGCCUGGGAGGCGGCUUCGAUGGUGGAUGCUCCCAAGAGCCCCAAGAUCUGGGCCUCCGGGGGCCUGCAGUAUGCCUCCUUCCGCCGCUUUCCCAGCGCUGGAAAUGCCAAGCCUAUGAGAAGGCUUGCCUUCCCAGAUGUGGACCAAUCCGUGCUGGACGACAAGCUUGACACAUAUGUGAGGUUCGUCGGGGCCAAGGAAGCCUUCAACUUGCACGCUUACAAGAAGCUGCAGCCCCAGCAAGCUGAGAGCCCCAAGAGCUUGCUGAAGCUUGUCCUGCUGCUGGAGGCUUUGGUGGGGGCUAGCCCAACUGCCCAAAUCAAGCACAAGUACUUGAAGCAAAGCAUCACCACACUGAAGGAGUGUUUAGCUUUCAAGAAUCACACUGACCUUUUCCUGCAACAUUAUGUGAGAUGCAGCAAGAUGUGCAUGGAGCAGGGCCUGCUGCAAUGGAAUGUUGUGCACAAGCACCACUUGCUUGCCCACAUGGCUGACCAAGCCCAGUUCCUUAACCCCAAGUAUGUCACCACCUACACUGGUGAAACCAUGGUGGGCUUCAUGGCAUCCCUGGAACACGCUUGCCUAAAUGGCACUCCUGGGCACAUUGUGCCUGAGAAGGUCUGCUGGAGGUUCAGGCUAGGGCUGUGGUUCAGGCUCACAGGGCUGCUGAGCGGCCCGCUGUCGCCGAAUCGCCUGGCUCUCAGAAAUGGUUUGCAGCCUGAGAUGCUGAGAGGCAAUGAGACCUACACCCACUUCAUGAUCUACGCGGAGUCAACCUUUGCAGAGCAGGGGCCCACAGACUCAUUCGGCGUCGCGGCGGUGGAUUAUGUGCGCUUCAUGGAUGAGGACCUUGGCUUGGACCUGAUCGGCGGGGAGGUGCGGUGGACGGCCUGGGGCGACCUGCAGCUUGCCAGUGGCUUCACGAUCUACGUUGCAACGGACUCCAGCGGCACGGACCGGUCUCUGCUGGGCGUCGCACCCGUGGGCACCACGCGGUUGGUGGUCCCUCAGGGCACCCUGCUGACCCGGAACUUCACGCACGUGGUGGUUUACGUAGAGUCAACCCUGGUGGAGCAGCGCCUGCCGAGCUUCUCACUGCUGCUGGUGGCUGGGGACGAGUACGAAGGCACCUGCGCAGAUAGCAUUUGUGCGACCGGAGGCAUCGCAACCAUUACCAGCGCCAUCCAGGCAAAUAUGGUGCUGAUCACGACUGAGGGCGAUACUACGGUCUUCCCCUUCUGGCAGUAUCUGUGCGGCGUGGCCGUGUUGGAUGUCAUCUACUUCAAGGGGCAGACUGCGAGAGCCUCAGACAUGCCGGCCUCCAACGCGGCAAUGCUACCGAACAUAUCGGCACUUCUCAUGGAAGAAUGCAACGGAACCAGUCAGACCUGCGUGGCGGCCGCGGGACACGGAACGCAAACGGCGCAAGUUGCAACCACCACCGUGGACGCCGACGGCUACUCCGUGUGGCGAUACCUGGCCUGUGCCCCGGUCAACUCUGUUCCCUUGGCAGGUGCCUACCACGGCAUCUCCGACGCCGCAGGGACGGCGCUGGACUUGAGCUAUUCAUACGUCUUCUCCAACGGCGCCUAUGUGGGCACAGCCGCGGAGGCGGUUGCUUCCCAGCCGCCCUUCCAGCUCACAAACGUGGGCGUGAACUGCAACGGCCUGGACAGGGCCCCGGGCCCCACCGUGCCAAGAGCACUGUGGAGCGCGCAAGAUUUGCGAAAGGCCGCGAAAGGGUACGCGAAGGCAGACAUGGAAUACAACAUCGUGGAAAGCAGGCUGCUCAGCGCCUUCUCUGGCCAGAUCCAGUGCCAGACUCGAGUCAGCAACAGCGCGGCGACGUUGGACGAUGCAUUCUCAGGUCCGGGGCAGCUUAGCUCGGUGCGGCUCUUGGAGUGGGAGAUCCAUAGUCAAGGCAGCCCAAGACCGGCCUUUGAGUCAAUCGAGUGCAGCACUGUGCUGUCGGUAGGACGAGUCGACGGCACCGGCUGCUGCUCAACAGGCGACCGAUUGCAUUCGAAGACCACUGCUUUGGAGGUGUCAACCGGGGCUGCCAGCGUCUUGCCGAUGGCCUUGACGAUCGUCUUCACGGUACCGCAUGAGGCUUUCACGCUCGCAGCAUCGAUGUCCAGCCUGCGGUCGGCCAUCCUUCAACAGGAGCCCAACUGGAGGAACAUCCGCGACCUCCCGGAGGAGGAGCGGCUUCGACUGGAGAAAAGCUGGGACGGAAGCCAUUCGAUGCAUUACUCGAGGAGAAACCACAUGCUCACCACCAACUGCCGAGACUACUUUGACCGGCCCAGAGUCCUCUUGGACCACUCUCAGCACUCCCUUGGAGAGCCGCUGGAGGUGACGUGGAAGCUGCCCGCGGAGCCAAGGGACUGGAGUGACACCUUCGGAAGGACCAGGAAAUCUGGCUUUGGGGGCCGGUCCUGUUCUGGACAGCCAGAGUUUGCGGAGAAGGAAGCAGGCUGGAAUGAUCGCCAUCACGUUCUUCAUGCUGCAGCCAACCACGAGUUCCAUGAAUCCGACAAGGAGUACUUCUCCCUCUUUCUGCAGCCACGGAACAAGCGAGUAGUACCGAAACGGCAGAAUGGAAUCACCAAGCACGUGCUGCCCUACCGGAAACCUGGUCAGCCAGACGGCGGCGAUGACGGAGAGUUGCCCACUGAGAUCCUCUUGAAGUCAGAUGAUCGAGUUCCGAUCCCCGCGGUGCCAGGGAGCCUACUUCGACAACUGACUUCGUGCUGA